AGCCUACAAAUUUAUUAGGCUUUUCCUAUAUUUGAGGCUUUGAGUUUUAAAUUUUCCCGGCCCAUAUAGACUAACAGACACUUGGAAGUUGGACAUUUGGCGCGCGGCCUAAUCGGAUUUCAUUGCCGCCGCUUCUCUGAACACGAAUUCUCGGCCGGCGAAUACAAUGGCAGAAGAUAUCUUCGACUCAUCUCUGAAUCUAGAGGACACACAUUACAAGCAAGGAUACUCCGAUGGUUAUGCAGACGGUCUAGCUUCCGGCGUAGAGGAAGGCCGCCUGCAGGUGGGUCUAAAAACCGGGUUUGAAGUCGGAUUCGAAUUGGGCUUCUACAGAGUCUGUAUCGACGCCUAGAACUCCGCGAUUCGCCCAGUGCAGAAAAACAUCGUGCAGAUGGAUGAAUUGCUCCGGAAGUACCCUAUAGCGGACCCGGAAAACGAAUCCGUUACCGAUAUCAUGAACUCUUUGAGUUUGAGGAUGAAGUUCCGAGCUAUCUGUGCCACACGGAACGUGAAUUUGGAGUAUGAGGGUUACCCUAGGGCUUCCGGUGGUGAGAAUACUGGAUGUUGCAGGUUUCAAGCCUAAAGCUGUAACUUUAUUUGCAAUGGAAAUGAUAAUUUUGAAGACCUGGGACUGGGAUGCUUGAUUUGGAUUGGCAUGAUUACAAGUAAGUAGUCGUAUUCUUGGUCUGCCCCAUAUGAUUUAAUUCUUGAUGAUACUUUUGUUUGUCAAGAGGGUGAGGGGGGGUGGUAGGGGUCUGGUGAACUAUAGUAUAGGGGUGAGUUUUAGAGAUCUGGAUGCAAGUGUUAAGGUAUGAUGUUCCCACAAAUAAUAUUGGAAGAUGGGGGUAUUAAUGAUGCAUGUUUUAGCUAGUAAAUACUGCCCGGAUGCAAGAAUAAUGCUUCUUAUUUAAAUGCAUUGCCCUACAGUGUGUGUCUGUAUUAUAUUGUGAAAAAAAUACUGGGUACAGCGAUGCUGCCAUGGCUGGGGUAGCUGGCCACAUGGAGACUGCAUGUGGCCCUGCCUAACAGCCAAGACAGCAGUGAAGGUCCUUGAGAAUGACAGGCAUAGCAUGUAUCCGCCGUAUCCUCCGCUUGAUUGUGGUAUAGUUUGUGUUGUCGUUAGGGUGCAUCACCAUCUCCCCCUUGUACUACUGUGAGCCCAUUCUGUUUUCAGUUUUUACCAGAAAUGACUGUUUGGUUUUUUAUGUACUGUCAACCCUGUUUUGCGGCUACAACACCUUAUCUU